UCGAAAGUAAAAGCCCAUUGGGUGUGUAUGUGUAUGUAUGUGUGUGUGUGUGUGUGUGUGUGUAUGGUGGUCAUCAGGAUCGAUUUUCGCGGCUACAGCAAUACGUCAACUUGAAAUUUUUGAACAGCUCGCUCUCGUGUGCACGCAGAAGGGGCAAUACUUUCUCUGGAUGUGCACGUUCGGGUGGUUUGGUGGGAGUUUGCUUGGUUGACUCUCUCUUUUAGCAUGAUAGCCAGCUGAUCGUUGGCGCAGUUGGCCGACAGAGACUUUCACGCGAGGUUCGUCUCUACGUGCCGCGAGUAGUCGCCGAUUUGGUCCUCCUUGGCUUUUUUCUCGCAGCGCGGUCUCUCGUUAGGUUGUGUGCUUGCAACAGCAGUCGCUUGCGUCAAUUGUUUUCUUAGGAAUUGGCCCAGGCCGUGGGCAGACCAGCAGAAAAGCCGCACGAGAGCGGCGUAAUUGGCUAGUGAAAGUUUUUUUCUGCAACGACCGACGAAUUAAUCGACGAUUUAUAUAUACCAAAGUGUAUGCUGUGCGCGUAUACCACCGGACAGGUCAAACAUUUUUUGCGCUCGAGCUGUAAUGUUUUGUACGGGGACUGUCGAAAAACCCGCUUUCUCCCCGUAACAGAGGCUUCCUUUCACGUCUUCUAUGUGCGUACGCGAGCGAGAAAGAUCUGAUGUGACAAUCUUUUCAUUCGUCCGACGCGAUGGCUGUUAAAGUGCUGCUAGUAAUUUCGACUAUCGUUCAAGUGUCUCAUGGAUACAACGUGUUGUUAGCCACAAUGGGUGGUACCAGAUCACACACGGUACCAUUCGUUGCAUUGGGCACUGCACUCGUGGAACGUGGUCAUAACGUCACUCUGGCUAGUGGUUUUUCCGGACCUGCGGCGAAUAAUGGACUGAAGGAACUUGUACCACCGAGGCUUGAAACAUACAUCGGCAACUAUACCUCAGAAUGGGAUCUGGUUGGCUCGCGUUUCCGCAAUGAAUUGCCCAUUUCACCGUGGGACGCGAUGAGAUAUGGUUGGGAAGCUUGCGAGGCCCUGCUAACCGACGGCUUUUACCUAUCCGAAGUGCAGAGACCCGAAGGAAAUUCACGAGCACAGUGGGACGUUGUUGUGAUCGACGGUGCUUAUCCCGAAUGCCUCCUCGGCGUUCUGCAUGGGCAACAGGUGCCGACGAUAAUGCUCAACACGGUGGCCUUGUACAGCGGUUCUUUAGCACGCCAGGGCAAUCCAUCGCCGUGGUCAAUAAGGCCGUACUUCGGCAAAGCGCUGACACAAGACAUGAACUUUGCGCAGAGAAUAUUGAACGUGAGUUACUUGAGCAUACUGGAGAUCAUGCAUUGGAUUAUGAUCACCGGAUUCAUUCAGCCGACCUUGCGCAAGCAUUUGGGCGAGCAAGUACCAGACGUCCGAGAGCUGGUGUCGGAGGUGCCGCUGACGCUGCAGAACAAUCACUACUCGGUGUCGGACUCGACACCUUACCUGUCGAACGUCGUGAACGUAGCUUGCAUACAGUGCCGAGCACCGCUCAAGCUCGGCCCGGAAAUGGAUACGUUCCUCAGCCGAGGUUUCGUAUUCGUGUCGAUGGGUUCAUCGGUGAAAGCUUCGGGCAUGCCAGAAGCACUGAGGAAAAUGUUCGUCGCCGUGUUCUCCACUCUGCCCUACAAUGUCGUUUGGAAAUGGGAGGGUGGCACGAUUGAACAUUUACCAUCGAACGUGCGCACUGCAGCUUGGUGGCCACAGCAAGAAUUACUUGGACACAACAAGCUCAAAGCAUUCGUCUCGCAUGGUGGAUUGCUUUCGCUGCACGAAGCUGCGUACCAUGCUGCACCGACGCUCGUUCUCCCGGUGUUUUGCGAUCACGAUGGAAAUGCCGCUCAGGCUGAGAAACUGGGCUACGCGUUAGUAACAGAUUUGGCAAGUCUGACGAUAACCGUGCUCCGCGAGAGUAUAAUGAAAGUGGCAGCCGGUGGUAAGAAUCCCUACAGAGAAGCUGCCAAAAAAAGAAGUAUGCUAAUGAAAGACAUUCCUGUAGAUACAAAAAAUUUAGCUGUUUGGUGGGUCGAACACAUAGCCCGGCACAAGGGAGCCGAUCAUCUAAAGAGCACCUCGAGGCACAUGAGCGUUGGACACUACUACUCGCUGGACGUGGCCGGUUUUUACUUAGCAUUGUUUGUUAGCGUUGUAUACGGUGCUAGAAAGUUGCUUCACCGUGCCGGUCGAAAAAAAUUGAAAGAGAAACUGCAGUGAAUGCAUAAUGUCAGUUCUUUCUGUAAAUGAUGUACACACAAUAUUACUUGUUUAUACAUAGAAACUUUGUUUUUCGUGGAAGCUGUUUUGAUUACUCAUUGUAGCUUGUAGUACUUUUAUUUUUAUUUUAUUUAAAUAGUUUUUUACCGUAAUAAAUAUUGUUGAAUGGUUUGUGAUUAUUGUUAUAAAUCAGAAUCUUUAAGAUUUGUAAAAAAUUAUUGUUAAUUAUGAGUAAUGCGAGCUUGUACAUAAUAAUAAUA